CAUGAUCCCUCGAUCUGUCGUCGACCCCACGAUGCCGACGCCGGAGCUGGAGUCACAGCAGAUGGAGGAGGAGGAGAAGGAGAAAGAGGUCGUGGUCGGUGGUGGCGGCGGCAGCGUCGUCACGGACGUCUCACUGCGGCUGCUUGCCGCGGUCACGUCGCUCGCCGCCGCGGUCGUCAUCGCCACUAACCACCAGCAGCGCUGGGGCGUCCGCGUCGACUUCACCCUUUUCCAAGUCUGGAUCGCCUUCGUGGCGACGCACGUGGCGUGUGCGGCGUACGCGGCGGCGACGGCGGCGCUGAUGAGGAGGCUGGGCAGGCAGGGGUGGCUGCACCACGCGGACCAGGUGGCGGUGAACCUGGUGGCGGCGGCGGCGGCGGGCGCCGGCGCGGUAGGGUCGAUCGCCAUGUGGGGGAAUGAGACCAGCGGGUGGUACGCCGUCUGCCGCCUGUACCGGAGCUACUGCAACGUCGGCCUCGCCGCCCUCGUCCUCUCCUUCGCCGCCCUCCUCCUCCUCGGCUUCGCCUGCGCCCGCUCUCGCUACCCCAACCCCAACUAACUAAUCUGCUUAGCUCGAUUAAGAUAUGUAUUUUUGUUUUUUUCUAGCAAAGUUGUCAGACAUCGUCCAUAUGGGUAUGUACUCACACUCUUUCGUAUCGUAGGAUUUUUUUUAGCCUGGUGUAAAUUAUCGUUCGAUAUCGAUGCAAUAUGCAACAGAGGAA